AUGGAUUCAUCACCCAAGACCUCGGACGUCGUGACAGCAGCGAAGCCAGCAUCCAUCCACGACUCCGCCCGAGGAUCGCCUGAGCCUUUGGACGCCUUCCACUCCUUGGUCCGGAGUAUUAAUACCAUCCUUGGUCCUUGCAAUGGCAUCGAUAGUGCCGACGUCGAUGUCGAGGAGUUGAAAAAACUCAUGCUGGCGUAUGACACGAACGAAGAUGGUCAACCGUCGUGGUUGAAAUAUGCUUUCCGCCGAGGCGACAUGAACUACACCCGGAACCUUGUGGAUAAUUGCAACGGCAAGAGCAACCUUCUCGUCCUGGUCUGGACUCCUGGCAAAGGCUCGCCUAUACAUGACCAUGCCAAUGCACAUUGCGUCAUGAAGAUAUUGAAGGGCUCUCUGACUGAAACAAUCUAUGGAUGGCCUUGUCAGCGCCCAGACAGCCCAGCCGACUGCGCCACAGCCCUUGACUCGGUGUAUCCAACCACGAAACACACCUGUUCUGCCGGACAGGGAGGACGGAGGCCUUCGGAACUCCACAUCAAAAGGACCACGACGUAUGGGGAGAAUGAAGUGACUUACAUGAGCGAUCAACUGGGCCUCCAUCGAAUCUCAAACCAAAGCGACGAUCCUGACGAUUAUGCAGUCAGCCUGCAUCUUUAUACUCCGCCAAAUGCUGCGAAACAUGGCUGCCACAUCUUCAAUGAGGCGACGGGCAAGAGUUCACAUGUCAAGCAAAACCAUUUCCACUCGGAGUUCGGUGUCGAGAAGUAA